AUGUAUUUCAGCAAGAAGGAAGAAAAAGCGUGGCAGGUUAAAAAGUUCGCUAGUCCACGAAUCAUUCCUAGGAUUUCUAACUCUUGGAAGAAAUGGACUUGUUCAGCCUUACAAUUUGUUGCCAUUUUCAAAGACAAAGUUGAAAGAUUCGUCAUAUUUGAUCAACAUAUAAUCAAUUUAAACGUAUUAACAGUUGUUCUCCUCAGGGAUUAUAUCUGUGAAAAGAAAAAAGUUGAUAAUUCUGACGAUAUUAAACUUUGGAAAGUUAAUUUCGAUGAAGAAAAGAUUAAAGAUAAAAACUUUAUUGAAUAUUUUCAAGCUGAAUUAGAUAAUCAAGUAAAAUUUACAGCGACACAAAAGCUACCUGAUCAAUUAGAGUUUCGUAAUCCCCAUCCUCUUCUCAUAGGAAGUGGUUCCAUUUGGGACUUUCAAGCCUCAAAUGCUUUGAGAGGAAAACUUAAGGAAGCAAUUCAUGAUCAUUACAAGUUUUGGAAAGCUGAACAACGUGAAAAAACAAAAAUACCAGAAUAUUUCAUUCUAGCAGGAGCUGGAGAAGGUAAAUCUCGCACUGCGCAAGAAUUGCCAAAAUUAUUAAUUGAAUGUGCUGAAAGUGAUGCCGACUUACAAAAUCGCCUUAAAGAUGCUCUUGUAUUUAAUUUAUCGUUUGAAAAUGGGACCAAAUUAAUUCGGGGAGAAGAAAACAUAAGCUCUAAUGCAAUUGGUAAUCGAAUGCUCUUUCAAUUACUGAAACAACCUAAUGAAACUUGGAAUGAUUUUAAGAAUCGAUAUGAUGUAACGCCAGAAGAUGUAUUGCGCAAAAUUGCCAAACAUCGCACUCAAGAAGUUAAGGAUCUGAAUGUAAUUAUUAUUCUGGAUGGUUUACAAGUAGCAAUGGAUCAUCCUAAAGAUGGAAAAAACAAAAACACAAAUUAUUUUUUUACGAUUGCAUCUCCUCACUUGGCAUUCUUUCGCUUUUUGCCUCCGAAAAUAAAUAACAUCCCAGUUUUUAAUGAUAGCCCAAUAAUGGAUAUGCUCAUAGAUGAUAUGGGAGGUUAUGGACGUGCAUUGGAAGCUUUGGGAGAAGCAGUUGAAGAUAAAGAUUUAAGCAAAAUCAAUUUUAUCGAUCUAAUAAAUAAUGUGCGAUUGAAUCUCACAUAUAAUUAUUCGGGAUGGCUGGCCAAAACUGCUUAUUUGAGACCUAUCCUCCGCAUUAUUUUGGCACAUAUAUCUGUUAACAAAAAUCAAACCAUCCUUGUUCGAUUUGAGAGUUUCGAUCCUGACCGAGUUGUUGGUUAUCUAUCGUGUCCAUACAUUUGGCUAUGGAUUAUGGCUCACGCAUAUCACGAAAAUAUAAAUGAUCCUUUAUUACGGAAUUGGGAUUUUGCUUACUACAAUGAGUUUCGCUCUCUAAAAUCGAAUAUCUAUGAUUAUGACCAACGAGUUGAUCUCAGUGCCAUUCAUAAUGGUGCCACGCAUAACUUUGGCCAAGUUUCCAUAUCUAAUCGACAACUUACAUUAUCAAAAUCAGUUGAAAGAGUCAGCACCAAGUCUGAAGAUUAUAGGAAUCAAGAUACAACAAUUUUGUGUCAGAAAGGACGAAUUGAUCUUGCAAAUGCAAGUCAUAUUAUAAUCAAUGCAUCUGCUGCUAAGUUUGGAGAUAGCUUUUGUUCAAUAUGUCAGGUCUCUAAACAACUACAAACGGAGGCACAUCAAUACAAAUUAUUGAGAGAACAAAGCAUUUCUCAGAAAACUUUUGAAGAAGAAUAUAUAAAAGCAACUAGUUCAGGUGAUAUUUUCAUUUUUUACACAUCAGCAUUCUCCCAACAACUUGAACUCCAACCAAUGUCUGCAAUCAUUAAUAAAAGAAACUGGAAAGAAUAUUUCGGUCCUUUCGCUGGGAGAUGCUAUAAUUAUGCUAUGGGGCCACCAGAUAUUAAUAAAGCGACAUUCACUCAGCUGACUGGAAUUGAGGGAAUUGCAAAAAAAACGUGCUAA